AUGGAUAGUUCAAGAAAAUCAAGGAGGUACACGCUGGAGAAUCUCAUGGCCCAUGGCUUGAAUUCCAAUUCGGAUACUUCUCUGGACCACAAAAUUGAAGCACGAGAGAGAGACUUUGACUACGUGAAGGAGAUCAAAAACCAGACGGCUGAAAUUGCAGAUAGAAUGCGGAAACUGGCCAUGAGACUUGAAGACGUCACUGAUGACUCAGAGACCGUGAAGAUGGUGCUCAGCAACAUGCAGGAGGUGAUGAAGGGACUGAGCAUGGCGGCCCUGCCUUUGGCCAAUCUUGGCGGUCUUGAACCUGUAGAAGAUUCCAACGUUUUGCCUCAAAGGGUCAUAAGGGUAAGGGUGGAUAAUGAUGUUGAUGAUGAGGAUGCCCAAGGACAGGCUAUCCCUUUGGAAACUUCACAGAUCUCAGAGGAAGGAUACAGUAUUUGA